CGAGGUAGUUUGAAUCAGUUCAAGUAAUGCAGAGAUCUUGGGAAGCAUCACUUGACACUUGUUGACCAACGUUUUGAGUCGGCUCUUUUCUCUCUCUAUAAAUUAGCCAUUUCUCAAUCUACUUUUUUAACACAUUCUCAAACCUCCAAAUUCUUGAACAAAAUAUCAUUCGAAAGAAAUGAGUGGAAAAGGCAGCAGCAGCGGUGGAGAUGGAGGAAAGAGCGGUGGCGGUAGUGGAAACGGUGGAGGAGGUAAAAGCGGUGGAGGAGGAGGUAACAUGGUCGCACCAGGGACAAAGGGAGGUGCAUACAUCUCAAGAGGUGGAUUUGAGAGUAACCCUCAAGGUUACUUUAGUAAUCUGCAUGGUAGUGGACAGAGCAAGAAGUGAGUGAUGACUUCGAGUACAAUCAUGAGCCAUCUUCUUUUCAUCUAAUUCUCUAGUUCCUUGAAUAAAAAUGCAAUGAAGUUCAAAACUUCAAUUAAGUAUUGAAUA